AAGAGUAGGGAGCAGAUAGACAAAACCGAAAGAGUACCUACCACAUAUCAGGCACGAGCACACUAGAGCCAAGCCACCUACGAUUCUUUGCUUUUAUAUAUACGCUUUUGAAAGGAGGUUGCGAGGCAAGGAUAAUGGCAGUGGUCAAGAAGAUGUUGAUGCUUCUGGUUCUAGUUUCUGUGAGCCUUGGUGUUGGAGCCCAGGUGCACCAUAUUGUUGGAGGGGAACGUGGCUGGGACCCUUAUGCUGAUCUUGGUCUUUGGUCCUCCGCUAGAACUUUCAGAGUUGGAGACAAAAUUUGGUUCACCCACUCAGCAGCACAGGGUAAAAUAGCUGAGGUGGAGACCAAAGAAGAAUACCUGACGUGUGAUGUGAGCAAUCCAAUCAGAAUGUACACAGAUGACAUUGAUAGCAUCUCUCUUGAUGGAGAAGGGAUUCGUUACUUCACAAGCAGCAAUUCUGGUAAGUGCAAGAGUGGCCUGAAAUUACAUGUGGAGGUGGUUCCAGAAGGGAAAACUGAUACCACCACCGCCACCCCACAGGUUGUCACAUCAGAAAGCUCUGACAAGGCUGUUGCUGCUCCGCCUGAAAUUUCAGGUUCAGCCCAUAUUGGUGCAAGUCUUGCUUUGUUAGUGGCUGGAUUUUGGUUGUGCUACAUGGGUGUUUAGAUUUUGGAUUUUGUAUGGGUGAUAUCGAGGUUGCUUUUGCUUGCUUCCUGAGUUGGACUCUAUGAUAAGUGAACUUAUAUAUGGCUUGGAAAACUUAAACUUUAUGUUAAUUCGGACAUGUUAUUGUCUUGUUUGAUUGUUGAAUGGAUUAUGUACCUUAAAUUUGUCUCAUAA